AUGGUCCAAGAGGACCUGGACAUGCACGAAAACCAACUCAACCUUGUGUCAGUGUAUGAAAUACUUGAGGAUGCGCCAACCUUCACUUCUUCUCACGUGAGGCUGCUCCAGUUUAAGCUCUUCAGGUUUUUAUCGAAGGUGAAGCCCCCGAUUGCUCACGAGAUUUCAAAGUUACCUGCAACCAAACCUUUGAUAAGACCAGAUGAAAUUUGCAGGAUUUUUCCUAUGGAGUUGAUUAAGAAGUGUAUGGCGAAGGUCACAGCAUACCAGAGGAAACAUCCGCGUGUCCAAGAAUUGGACAUUGCUUUCGAGAUUGUUGGAAUUGGAGUAUUUGCGAACUCAACGGUGGCCCUCAUGAAACGAUGGCAUACCGCUCGUGAAAUCUUGAAAAAGGUUGAAAGGACACUGAUGUGGAUAAAUCAGUUAGAUUUCUCGCGCCUAGCAAACAAUGCUUCGUUUAAUGCAACUGCCGACCCAAAUCUACCUGAAAAAUUGAAGAACAUACCAAUUUUUUCUUCCCAGAAUCAUCUGCUGGAUUUGGCUGCCAAAGAAUGCCUUACUGAAGACACAUUGCAUUUGGUUUUGUCGAAGAAAUUUGGUGGUGACCCGAACGUAGUCGUAUUCAAUGCUGCAACUCUCGGAGCUGUCGUGAACGGAAAAAUUGAGACGGAUAAGGAAGUAAUUCGCAACGCACUGUCUGGGCUUUCGAAGGAGACGAUUCUCUUUCCCAUGAACUGCAACGGAAACCACUGGUGUUCCGUGAUGAUGGAUCUCAACAAGGGCAAAGUGCUAGUGUACGAUUCCAGUUCGUCUUCCUACUUGUGUAGCGUUCGUGCCGUGGCGCAGACGCUGAUAACGCUGCUGCCAGAGAGAGCACAGCCGAGCGUACGUGUCGGCACUUGCGAGUCGGGUUUAGGAGUCCAAGUCGAUAGCUAUAACUGCGGCGUCUACGUACUUCUAGCAUUCGAGAUUUUCUGUGGUGCCGAGCCACUCGGACAUGUGGAUAAGAAGACACUGCAGUGCCUUCGUUAUCGCUAUCUCCGUAUGUGCAUGGAAACUUAA